CGUCGGCCAACAAAACUACACGGGUGUGUAUUGCUGCGGCCCGUCCUGAAAUUGUCGAUGUUUGGGCGAACUUUUGAAAAACGAGUAUAAUAUUGUCAUUAUAACAAAACAAAUCGAAAAAUGGUAAGUUUAUUAUUUUUGCAAACGCGAAAUAAUUACUGCAAGAUAUUAUUCCGUAAUGGUUUUAGUAUUAAUACAUUUUUAGAUUUUAUUUUUUCUUCUUUAUCGGUAUCAGUCGAUCAGUAUUUGUAUUAUUUUAUCAAAGUACUGUAAUUAAUUUUUUUUUUUUGCCCCCAAUUCAAAGUAAUGGCAAUUUUUUAUUUUAUUUUUUAUUUCAUGUUAAGCGAAAAGACUAAAAAGUUAUUAUUGUUAUUGUUUUUUUUUUCCAGUACGGAUUCGUGAACUAUGCUCUAGAGCUUCUAGUGCUGAAAACGUUCGGCGAAGAGACAUGGGAAAGAAUCAAGUCAGCGAAAAAUUUAUUACAAAACUAAAUACUAGCAAAAAAUCUAGAUUAUAAAUUAAACAAUUUUUUUUCUUUUUUAUAGAAAAGACGCGGAAGUCACAAUGGACGGUCAAUUUUUGGUCAGGCAAAUUUACGACGACGAGAUUACAUACAAUUUAGUAUCGUCGGCCGCGCAAAUUCUCGGUAUGUACUCGAUGUAUUUUAAUAUUAUGAAAAAUAAUUUAAUUUGAUCGUUCGAUUUCGUUUUAAUACAAUAUCUGCGCGACAUUUUUUUUAUAUAUAGACAUAUAUUAAAAAACCAUACAAAUAUACGGAAAUAAGUACCUAAACGAUUUUUUUUUUUUGUGUUAAAUACUUAAAUAUUGACACUAUUUUUUCCUGUUUUCUUAUUUCAACCAAUAAGUAGUAGUAUUUUUUUUCAUUUUUUUUUUUUUUUUUUUUUUUUUUUUUUUUAUCUAAUAUUUAUAUAGUAUUAUAAAUUAUUAUAUUUAGUUUUCGAAUAGAUAAGUACAUUUAUAAAUGAAUUGUUUUUUUUUUUUUUUCAUAAAUUUAAAUUCGCUUAACAUCGAAUUAAAUAUUACAGUAUAAUAUCAAAUUUAUAUUUUUAGUUAACAAUUUCACUAGUUAUUAUUUAUUAUUAUUAUUUUUUUUUUUUUUUUUUUUUUUUUUUGUAUCCACCUUCGAUUUAUUUCGGCUUUAUUAUUAUUUGGAAAUUGUUUUAAAAUUUGAAAAAAAAAUAUGUCAUUUCAAUGCGACAGCCACAGAUAUCUUUGUAUCGAUAAUACAAAUAAUCUUUAAAGUUUAUGGGUUUAGGUUCAGAAGUACGGAAAUAAAUGUAUUUAAACUAAUUACUGUAUAUAGUGUAUUUAAUGUAAUCCAAAUUUUAAUAUAUAAUACAACCCCGACGCGUAGCGAGGAUUCCUCCGUUUCCUCCCCUUUCCCCCACCCAUUACUCGAGAGUUCUCACUUAAUUUCGUUAGUAAACUUGCUUGUAUUUAUACAUAACCUUGUGAAAAAAGUUUCGUUAACAACUAAAACAAACAUUGUUAUCGGGUUUCAAUCUUAAAAGACAUAUAAUAAUAUUAUGUAUUUUACCACAUAAAGAGUGCUCAAAACGAAUGGGGCGAGAGGGUAUAUAAAGACACCACCCUUCCCCCCCUUUCCCAGUAGGAAAAUAUUAAGUACAAGACGCAGUAUUUGUUCUAACCCCUAAAACAUCAUUAGAUUCAUUUAAAUUUCACGGAAAACAAAAAAAUAAAUAAAUAAAUGAUUGUUGUUAACAGAACUACCGGCCAGCAGUAUAUUGGAACUGUUCGGCAAGAUGUUUUUCGAGUUUUGUCAGGAUUCUGGGUACGAUAAAAUCCUACAGGUGCUUGGAGCCACACCCCGGGACUUUCUUCAAGUACGCAUCGUCAUCAUUGUUACAUCUGAUAUUAUUACAUAUUAUUACUAUUAUUAUGUUUUGCAUUACAUUUCGACCAUUGUUGUUUUCGUGUAGAAUUUGGACGCUCUGCACGAUCACUUGGGUACAUUAUACCCGGGGAUGCGAGCACCGUCCUUCCGGUGCACCGAGAGAACCGAAGACGGAGCGCUAGUUUUACACUACUAUUCUGACAGGCCUGGACUCGAAUACAUAGUCAUCGGAAUCGUUAAGGUCGUAAAAACAAUAAUGUCAUAUUAUUGUUUUUCUUUUUUUUUAGUCGAAUUUCCCCCUAAAAAGGAGCCUGUUGUACUGUAUUAUAUAUAGAACAAACAAUAAAUAUCUUUUUGUCACUACUUUUCGAUACUUUUAGCGGCACAAAACCCUGAAAUUCGAGGUUUUUUUAUAGACAGAUUGAAGUGACUUAGUUAUGGUUGAAUUUCACGAUGUCUAUGCAGGAAUAUGGUCUUUCUUUAGCUUUAUACACCCAUGAAACCAGGGAGACGAAAUGUAAUACGUGUGCAUAGUGUAAGUAAUAUUGAAUUCAAGCACACUCCUGUGGGACGAAUGCCCUCCUGGAAUUUCAUUCGUACCCUCACCCAAAGAAUACAACCGUCAGCAAAAUGUAUAUUUAUUAAAUAGACAUUAUUAACUCGUUACUUGUUACAUUUUACAUCGAAGUGACCAAUGAAAAAAGAGAGCCCCUACAUAAAAAUAUGUCCUGGAUCCAACACUGGGGGUAAGUAUGAAGGAUGUGCUUUUGGGGUUUUAACUUUUAACCCUCUCCCCGACAAUUUGUAUGCUGAAAUGUCAUGUUUUCACUACAAGAAAUGCCCCUACUCAUCAAAGUAAAUAACAGGGUUAUAACUAUUGAAGAUCAAUUAUAAAUGAAACAAAAAAAAUUAAUAAUUGUCACGACAACAAGACGGCUAGGGGAUAAUUCGACUCUAGUGACUUAGCUUACUAGUGUUUUUUUUUUUUAUUAUUAUUAUUAUUAUUAUAAACAAAUCAAUUGUAAUAGCAAACAAUUUUUGAAGGUUUAUAGUUUAUAUUUGUGUUUUACGCAUAUCACAGACGGUCGCCAGAAAGCUUCACAAUACCGAAGUGGAGGUGGAGAUUUUACAAACCAAAGAGGAAUGCGAUCACGUACAGUUUCUAAUAACCGAGAAAAACACCACGGGUCAACGUCAAAACGAUCAGACCGCAGAAGUCGAGACUUUAUCGCAAGGUCGUCGUUGUUAUAAUAAUCAAAUUAUAAUUAUAAUAAUAAUAGGGGUUUCACACGUCUCUGCAAGUACAGAAAACAAAUAUCUAGAUAAUUUAAAGUAAGAUUAGAAAAAAAAUUUGUUUACAGAUGUAUCCGUAACCUAGUCAAAUUAGUUGACCGUCGCGGAAUUUAGAAACCGUGCGGAUAAUUAUUAUCUUUUAUACAUGGCAAAAAAAAAAAAUAUUCUAAAGCGGUAUAAAUAAAACAAAACAAACGGAUAUACUUCGCACGAUGGGUGGGCCGCUGUUGUAGGUGAAAAGUUGGGAAAGUAGAGGAAAAAUUUAAUGUAUAUAUAAUAUAUAUCGAUACUCAAUAAUUAACCAUUGCUAGCGAAAAACGAUUCUGAGCGAAGUUCGGUUAUACAUGUUUUGAAAGACCAUAAUAUUUUCGAUUUUAAAAUAAUACAUUUUAUAAAUUUUCCCGUUUUCUUACUUUUUUUACCGGUUUUUUUCCAUUUAUUAUGAAAACCUCUGAUAAAUCAAAAAACUACCCCUUUAAAGUACCACCCAAUGGAAAUUUCCUUAGCGUUGUUCACAGAUAUAAAAAAAAUAAAUUUAAUAAUAAUAAACAUUAAACCAAUACAUGUCUCACUCCACUCAGAAUCUAAAAAAAUGCUAUUAAUGCUGUGGAAGUCUUACGUUUACGAAUAUUAUUUUAAUUAAAAAUACAAAAUAAAUCAGAUUUAAAUCGUUGACAAACGCUUGUUUUUUUUUUUUAUAAGUUAAUUUAUGUAAAUUAAAUAAUAAACAUUUUUCAUUUAAAAACUGCUAAAUAUUAGCUUUUUAUUAUAAUAUAACAAUAAUAUUGCAUUAGACGCCUGUUAUUAAUAUGAACCCGAACAAAAAAAGAAUGUAUUUACAUAAAUUUCACGUAAUAUAAUCCAAUAAUCAAUUUCGUUUAAAUAACAAUUUUGAACGGAGCUCGAAACACGAAAUCCUUAAACUGUACGAUUUUAGUAAAAUGGAAAAUUAGAAAUAAUGUUAAGGGUUUAAACUUUAAACUUAAAACCUACAUAAUAGUUAAAAUGUUUUGAACGUUUUGCUUUCACGUUUCACGUCGAACAAUUUUUAAAAAUUCUGAUAUACUCGCGAUUCGCUCCACGUGUGGUUAUAGUUUAAUAUAGUUAAUAAGAUAAACAAAAAAAAAAAACCUAUUAUUAGUAGAAUUCGGUUAAUUGAGUCCCAUAAGAGCGGUGUAAUUCUGUAGUGAUAUACUAUAAGAGGGCAAGUCGUAUUAAAUGUACCUAUGAAAUAUUUGUUUGAGCCAUUAAUUAUCUAUGCGAUAAUAUACAUAAAAACCAACUGUGGUUAGGUAAUUAAACAUAGUUUUUCGUAAUCCCGAGUGUAUUUAUCGUAGAAUCCGUGACAUAAACAAAUAUAGCAUGGAUUAUUCGAUAACAUAUAUGCCGGCCUUCUUAAUUAUAUAACAACUAAACUUGAGAUAUUUGUGGAAUUGAGGGCGACUAUUACAGUUGUUUUUCUUAUCAUACGUACCCAAGGAAACCAAUAGAAAUGAAAAAUAAUGCCGGAAAAAUCUCAGAACUCAAGUGAUAAACGAAUUGAUUUAAGAGACGUCAAGAUGUUACACCAGGCCCCAAUCUACCCGCCUAUUUUUUUUUUAAAAUUUCGAAUCGCUUCUUAUUAUAGUCGUUUUUUACCCAAAAAUAUUGAAAAUCUAUACAAAUUAAAUACCACUGCGUGGAAAAUCCACUUUCUUUACAAGAGCUGUACGGCAUGAAAGUUUUGAAGCGGUUUUUACUAAUCGAUUAAAAUUAACUCCGAGAAAAUAAAAACCCGUCUUAGUAAAAAAAAAUAACUAAACAUUUUAAUAUAAAUUAAAUUGAAACCAAUAUGACUCGCAACAUUUAUUAUUAUUAGUUUCGAUCGAUUGAGAAAAGUAUACACGACUAGCGCAAGAGACGGUGAAAAAAUUAACGUUAAUGAAAUAAUAGUGAUAACUGAUAAUAUACCGAGUGGUGGUAGUAGGUACUUGCAGUGUUUAAAGGAACGGGUGGGGAAAAAUAAAUAAACAUAAUAUAAUGGAUAAUAACAAUAUCGCGGAUCCGUUGCGAAACGAUAACACAAGCGAUCGUAAUAAUAAUAACAACUCGGGCGAUAAUAAUAAUAAUAAUAUAGGGUAACGUUGUGUUGUUAUUAUUUUUUUUUUUUUAUAUAUAUAUAUAGAACCGAAAAUUAGUCCGGCCACGUUUUGCCAUGUGUUCCCAUUCCAUCUGAUGUUCGACAGAGACCUGAACGUCCUUCAAACCGGUUGCACUAUCACCAGAGUGUUGCCCAUGGUACGGGGGCCAGAACCGUGCAAAUUAACGCAAAUCGUAUACCCCGUAGGUGUUAUCGGCGCGGCAGCCCGAGUCUAAUAAAUAAUUAUUAUUAUAAUAUUAUUAUCGUUAUUAACGUUGACCGACUCGGUUGGACAGGUAAGACCUCAUUUGGAAUUGACAUUCGACAACAUUCUAGCGCACAUAAACACCGUGUACGUUUUGAACACGAACCCGGGGCUCAUGAACGGCGACUACAACGACGGUGGCGGCCCGAUAUCUCUACGUCUAAAAGUACCUACCCACCUAUAAAACACAUACGUAUAUAUUAUGAAUGGCCGAGACAAACUCGAUUAUUCAAAAACAUAAUAUUAUAUUAUUGCCUGUAUUAUAGCACUGUAAUAGUUAUAUACACACGGUAUUAUUUUGGUUCACAUGCGUUUAAAAAAAAAAAACAAAUUAUGUACAGGGUGAUUUGAUUGUGUCUUUUAUCACGAAUCGACGAUAAUCUGUUAUGGUACAUAAUAUUUGAUGUUAAUUUAUUAUUUUAUUUUUUUUAGACAUUUUUUUAUUCGAUCGUUAUAACCAGGAUUCGGGACUUACUAAAGCAAUCAAUUUUUUUUGGCUCGGGUGUUAUUGAGUUUAGCAGAGGGCUACGGAAAUGUAUAUAAUUUUACGAGUAAAUAUGAAGUUUCAAAGUUUAAUUUGUUUUGCUUAUUCAAUAGUUUAAAAAAAAAAAAAAUGAUUUCUCUAGUUCUUCCAGCUUAUUACUUCGUAUUUUCUACUUUAGGAUAACAAAAACCACUGUCAAAAUCCAGAUUUCUUCAACCCCCUUCCCUCCCCCCGCUCUAUGAUUUUAAAAUAUUCUCGUUAUUUUAUCUACUUUUUGUUUCGGUUUUAUGUUCAUAUAAAAAAAUACGCACAUUAAUAGGUUUUUUUUUGCUUAACAUAUUUUUAAAUUGCUUAUUUCAAAGCUAAAAUGAAUUUGUUCGUGUUUCUAUUGAUUUUAAGUACUAUACGUCUCGAACCCAGAUUAUAACAGUUUAAGGAAGUGCACACCGUAUUGUAUCCGUGGCGUUUAUUAAUAUAAUAUAUUCAUUUUAUUUUCGAAUCCGGGUUUAAAAAUGUCUAUCGGCGUAUUUAUCUGAAUCAAAAAUUGACAAUUACGUAUAGGUACGUGUUUAUAAUUGAUAAUUAUGGCGAGACAAGAAAAAAGUUUUGAAAAUAUUGUAAAUACGAUAACACAAUAAAACGAUUAAAUUAUUAUACUGAAUAAUAAUUUAAAAAAAACCUAAAGUCAAUAAUUUUCGAAGACAAACGCGGCCGGUUCGUAAUAAAAUCAUCACCCUGUAUAUAAAACCAGUCAGUCCGUCGAUACGAAAUUUUAACAUCGCUACGUCGUCCGUUUGUUAACAGGGCCAAAUGCUGUACGUGCCGGAAACGGAUCUAAUGUUGUUUUUGUGUUAUCCGAGCGUCGUGAAUCUGGACGAUUUGACCAAGUUAAUAUUAUGGAAAUUAAUUUGUUUAACACAUAUUUAUUCAAUACAUUUGUAUUUUGUUUUUUCCCCUUCUCGUUCCAGACGGGGACUUUACAUCAGCGACAUACCGUUACACGACGCCACCAGGGAUUUGGUAUUGAUGUCGGAGCAAUUCGAAGCGGAUUACAAACUAACCAGGGAUUUGGAAUUUCUGACCGACAAACUCCAACAGACUUAUAGGGAACUGGAAAGCGAAAAACAAAAAACCGACAGGUAAUCACGUGAGACUAAUCCCCAAAAUUGAAAUUGAUAAAAAAAAUAACAAUAACCAGAUUAUGUGUACUUUUUACAAACUAUAAGUAUUAGCUUAAUUAAUCGCCCAUUGUAAAUAUUAAACAUAAACACACAGAAAUAUAAUAAAGUCCAAUAUGAUUUUUUUUUUUAUCCAACGUGUAUCGUAACAAUAUUGUUUUAGAAACUUAUCCGACGCUCGAUAAUGUUUAUAUUCGAAAUCAAUACCUAGCGGUAAAUAUAAUCGUACGAGUGUACGCUUUUUAUAAUUAAAAGCUUCGAAUUUAAUGCACUAAAAAUCAUUAAAAAAAAAAAUCGGCUUACAAAACACUCCGAAAAUCUCAACCAAAAUAAUUCGAUAUCCAAAUAAGUACAGCGAUUCGGUAAAACGGAAUAUUUUAAAAAUAUCACAUUAAACAAUGAUGUACUAUUGAACAGAAAAAACCGAAAAGAUAUUUUUAAUCAAGUACAUUUAUGAAAAUAAAACAUAUUUAACUAUAUAUAUAUACAUAUAUAGUACAUUAUAUUUAAGAAAAAAAAAACACUUAUAUUGUGUACGAACAAAAUUACUUCACUUUAGAUCGAUGUAAAUAAAAACUUAAACCGAUUAAAAGUGUAAAAACUUAUUUCAGAUUGAAUAUUAACCUAUUGAAAAUUGGUAAAAAUUAAAAACGCACACACAAACUAUUGAAAAACGCCCCUCCCUCUUGGUCUGUGUAUAUAUUGUACAUAAUAAUAUUCGUAUUAUAUCCGCGCCAAUUCUUUAAAUAUUUACUAACAGAAUUUUUUUUUUAAAAAAAAAAAAACCUAAUACAAACCAAAAUCAAUUAAAGAAAUUAAAUUCGAAGUGCACGCCCGUUUCCGCACCCACUUCUAUCACAGAUAACCGUUCUACUUUCUUGCCCGCGGAAACUGAAUUAACUUUUUAUGCGUGUGAUAGAUUCUGUCGUAUAAUAUCGCGCACAGAUACUUCCUAUUAUUGAUAUUAAAGAUAAUAUUAUACGCAAAUUCGACGUUUUAUCUAUUGGGCUCAGGCGCGAUCAAAUGGGGAAGGGUAUGAGGGGAUAUCUCCCAUAUCCUCAUUUCAUUAAAAUAUUUAUAAUAAUAUAAUAUAGUAUAUUAUAGCUUUAUAAUUACAAAUAAAAAAUCAUGUAAACAAUAGUUCUUGAAAAUCAUCCGUGUUCCCCCUUCCCGUGACCAAAUCAUUUUACCGUGGCUAUAAGGUGAACCCUAGGGAGAUUUCUUGCUAAACUACUGCUGUAAUAUCGGUAUAGAUACUCGAAUCGAUAUAGGCGCUUACCUAUAAUUCGUAUUUGAGAAUAAUUAACGGACCUCCAAAAAUAUCAUCAUAAUACCGGCCUGAUCAUCCGUUUUCAGACUACUGUAUUCCGUGUUGCCGAUCAGCGUUGCGACGGAGCUGCGGCACAAACGGCCGGUUCCGCCGAAAAGAUUCGAGUGUGUCACGUUGCUGUUUUCCGGUAUAGUCGGCUUCAGUGACUAUUGCGCUGGUCAUGCAGACUCACAAGGCGCGAUGAAAAUCGUCCGGAUGCUGAACCAGCUUUACACAGCUUUCGACGUGCUCACGGACCCGAAGAAAAACCCGAACGUCUACAAGGUGGGUAAAAGGCGCCGAAAAACCGCUUAGAAAAAAAAAAAAAAAAAUGUUGCUUAUCUUUACACACACAGAUGCCUCUGCUCAGUGACACGAGGCGAGUAACACGCUGCCUCGUCUAGAAUUAUUUUCGUAUUACGAUGAAAUUCGUUCAAAAUAUAACAUUAUAGUAUUAUAAUAUCGAUAGGUUAGGUAACCUCUCACUGGAUAUUUUUGAAUUUUAAAAAUAAUCAUUGUUAACGGAAUUUCAAUCAGCAAUAUUAAUAAUUGAUGAUUAAAAUACUUUGUUUUCUAUUUCUAAUCUCGUCGUUAACCACCUUCUCCGUUUGUGAUUUUCAAAAUAAUCGUCUCACCUACACUUACACCGGUACGUGAGCGGAUGUUGGAUUUUGGAGGUUCAAACUUCGCUCCUUUCGAUAAUCAUAGGAUCAGUUAUUUAGAACGUAGAAUAAUUGAAAAUAUAACAAAUUACAAAUAACGGUAUUAGUUCUGAUUUUUUUCAAAAACCUUCUGCGGACUCUGUAAUUUUUCAAUACGUUUGUUCUCGUUGUAAACCUUUAUAUACAAACAUAUAUUUAUCUUUUUCAUUUUUAAUAUACAUCAGAGAAUAAGGCAUGAUACAAAAUCAAACAAAACAAUAAGCACUGAAAAAAUUUGUCCGAUCUAACCGAUCAACCAGACAAAACGAACGGAUUUAAAAAUACCCUUUUAAAACGUAUAUAUUAGUUUUCGAGUAAUUUUUAAUAAUCUUUUUUUUCAAUUAAAAAUUACUCGAAUAAUAUUGACGUUUGCGAUCAGUUGUAUUUCAUUAAAUUAUUUUUGAUACAUUUUCACGCGAUUAAUAUCCGAGUCUGCUCCAGCAUCCAUGUCACGAUUGAAUUUCAAUCCUAUUCCAUUUCAGAUCUUCUUUUUCUUCCGUCACCAUCGUUGCUUCGUCUACUGUACUCCACACGAGCACGAAUCCUCUAAAGACAUUUUUAGUCUCAUCUAUUUACCUGUACACCAGUUAUUUUUCUCUCGGUGCGCGUCCACAUAAACCAUCUAGGUGUACUUAUUCUCCAUUAAUUCCCAUUGCUUGUCUCGCUAAUGUUUUUCUAUAAAAAUUUCCUUUUUUCCGCCCCAGAACACUCGCGUGUCGCUAAUCUUUCCACUUCGUCCAUAUAAUAUAGUCACGCGUAAUUCGAUACCCAACUAUAAGUGAUCCACGUAAUUCUUUCGAUCUAUUGCAUAACACUGAACCUUUACGUAAAUAUUACAGUGCAAUAAAUCCUACCCAUAUACGAGUAAAUGCAAAAAGUGCAUACAACGUUAUUAUACCGUUGUAAAGAACGUCAUAGAUUACGGGAAAAUUCGACGUUUUCGCGUUACCUACAUCAACUAUAAUGCAACGCAUGCCCGUUAAUAUCACAUGCACAUUCCGCCGAUUCGAUUCGUAUAAUAAUAUACAAUAAUAUUUUAUUCCGUAUCACGCGCGGUAAAAUGUCGAACAACACAUAAUAAUAAUACACGAACAUAAACGGCGAAUAAAAUACUGAUAUACGUACACGUGUUGGAUUUGCACGUGUUUGCAUAUAGAUUUAUUGCGAAAAAAAAAUUGACUAAAAGCGCAAUAAAUUCGUACAUUAUUAUAGGGUAUACGGUCAUACAAGGCGAUCCAUUUACCGUAAAUCGGCGAUUUAUAUGUGAAUUUGAGUAAAUUGAUUUCUGUUUUCUUUUUUUAAUCCUGAUAAUAUCUUUAUUUUAACACUAUAUUUCGUAAUCAAUUUGUCAUCUACAAAUGAAUAUAAAAUUUAUUAUUUUCUCUGUGGUGGAAACGCCAUGGUGUUAUUACGUUCACAUAUACGGUAAAUUCAAUGAUUAUAAACACUUUAGGAAAAAUUCUCUCUGUUUGAAUCUGCGUUUAAAACGGCAGGGUGGGAUUCUGUUUAAAAAUCAAGAGCAUACACCCGUUCAGAGAAGCCCAAACUAAUCCAUAAUAAUUGAACAAAAAAAACAAACAACGGAAAAUUCGAAAAAAUCGUCGGAUCGUGAUAAAUGAAUCACCCUGUAUGCCCUAUUUAUCUACAUCCACACGGAAAUGCGUAUAAUAAUCGAUUGGUUAGAGACGUAUAAAUAAUUUAUAAUACUAAAAUAUAUAUAACAGCUGAAAAUAAUAAUAUUAUUAUGACGUUUGUGCGUGUGGUCAUAAAGAUACGGUCGGUUUGCGAAUAUAUACGAUAUUUUAUCUGAGUAAAGAACUCUCCGCGAGGAAAGAAUAAUGGCGCGAGUGCGAUAAUAAAUUACAAUAUCCUAUAAUCUGAAAACGACGUAAUCGCUUCUUAAAGAAUAUAAUCUCGUCGGAGAAAAACUUUAUCUCUGUGCUUUUACAAAAGAACGCGAAAAUAUAUACGCGACUCGAAAAAUCCGACGCCACGUUCAGGAUAAGUUUCAGUAGGACGAAUCAUCGGUAUAUUUUCGUCUUCAUUGGGUUCAUUUAUUUAGCGGUAUAUUUACAAAAUAUUAUUAUUAUGUUGCACUUUACUGAUAAUAAACACGCCUCUUAUCCAAUUAAAAAAAAAAAAACGUCUGUUCGUAAAAUGAUUAUUUGAUAAAAUUACAAAUAGGAAAAAAACAAACUGUACGUUAUUGAUACUCCGAUAAGAUAAAAUAAACUCCGUAAAACACAUACCUACUAAAUUCGUAUGUAAUUGAGAAUCCGUAACAGUGGCUAUAUACAGGGCUGGCGUUAGGUUUUGCGAGGCACUAGGCAAAAUAUUACAGAAGGCCCUAAAAACAGCUUUUACAAAUCAAUAGUGAAAACCAAUAGAUUUUAUUCUCCCCCAUAAUCAAACAUCGGUGGCUUAAGAGGCUUAUACCCUUAGAAAUUUUAACACAGCUUCCAAAAUUAAAAUUAUUUUUAUCGUUGACGUUGACCUUUUGUUUAUUUUUUUGUAUCAUCACUGUAAUAUAUUCCUGCACCCUAUAAACCGAUCCAAUGCUCACCUAUGUUCAUCCCUUCUCUUUGAAAAGUUUUGAAUUCAAUUUUUUUAAAUAUAUUUUUGAAUGAAGAAAUACAUAAAAUAACACCAAUUUAUUACUCGCUACUUUUUACAUGAGUUUAGUAAAAACUACUUUAAAAGGUAUCAAAAAAACGCUGAAAAAAUAAAUUAUAUACAUAUAUAAUAAUAUUAUUAUGACGUUUGUACGUGUGGUAAUUUAAUAAUACUCGAGAUGAAAUUACUUUAUUAAAGAACUUUCGAUAUGCCUCCGAGCACAUUGAUUUUCUGAUCAUCUUUUUUUAAUUUACUUAUAAAACAAAUUUUUAUAAAUUUUUGUUUUGUAAUUCUGAUAUCUUUCUAAAUAUUGUCAGGUAGCUCAUCGACUUUAACAAUCAAAAGAUUUCGAAUUAUAUAUCGUCUUUUAGUGUUUGCAAAUGAUUUUAAAUGUUGUACUGUUAUCGUUUAUAAAUUUCGUAAUAAUACAGUUUAAUCUCUAGAACCUAUAUUUAAAUCUAGUCAGAAACACAUAGAUGGUCUCUCGUAACAUUCAGUAAAUCAAAUAUUAUUAUUGUGAUUAAAUUAUAAAGUUUUUUAGAUUCGCGUUUAAUUGUCUUCGGAUACCGAUAAGCAUACAUACAACAUAACCAUACAUAUUCGUUUUCGAAAUACAUUUCAAAAAGUUAAAAUGUAAUAAUAUAUAAUGUAAUAUUUUUGUUAUCCAAUAUAAUUAUACGAAUUGGAUCGGCCCUUUUUACAUUUAAAACAAACUUUCGUUUGGAGUGGCCGCAGAUUUUGUGUACAUCGAUAUGUAAAUCGUAAUAUCAAGUAUUUCCAUUAAAUAAAAAUCGUCGACUUUUAAAACGAGAAAAUAUGAUACUUUUUUUUAUCGUUUUAAAAUAUCGUUCUCUUUAUUUCGAAAAAUACAAGUUUAAAAUUAGUUUGUAUGAAAAGAAAAAGAAUUACAAAAGUUAGUUCUCAGUAAUAAUAUCACUGAUUUCUAUAUACCUACUCAAAUGAUAUACCAUAGAGAAAAAAACUUUUACACCUUUUAGUUUUUUUUUAAAAGCUUUCAAAAUCAUUACGUUUGUCGAAUUUCAUAUAGGGAUUUUUUUAUAGUAGACGCCUUGAAAAACACAAACUCGUCGAAUAUUAUUAUGAACUAUAUAGAGUUUUGUACGUAACAUUUAAAGGGAAAACAGUCAAAAAAAAAAAAUCCAAUAUAUUUUUUUUCACUUCGCGUUUUUCGAUAACUAAUUAUAUUGUUGUAAGUACGUAUUCAGGGUCAAUUUUCGAGGGAAAGAGGGCACAGUGGUCGGAAAUGCAAUAUUAGAUGAACAAAAUGAAAGAAAGAUAAAAUAUAUGAUACACCGUUUUAUCUACACAAUAUUAUACAUCAAUACUUAAUAACCUCGUGAUAUUUAAUUCAGCGAUGACCACGUCAAAACCAUAUAACUAUAGAGCUUUAAUAAAUAAAAUGUUUAGAACUUCUAUUAAUGAAUGAAACUUGUCAUUUCCUUGUCGCUCGUAUUCGAGUUACUUUUAUAAAAUUGACCACACAAUAUUGUAUUUCAUUGUGAAAUUAGACUAGGGAGGUGUAAGUGCUAGUCCAUAUAUUAUAUAAUAUAUAAAUAGAAAUUAAAUUUCAAUUGAAUAUGUAAUGUGUUCUUUUUUCCCUGCUUGUUGUAUUUUUUAAAAAGAUCGUAGGUGGUGGACUCAUAGUGACUAAAAAUGAUCGAUAACGAAUAACUUGUCAGCUUUUCAAGUAUAUAACUUUUGUUUGCAUCUAGUUUCAACCUUCAUCUUAACUAUCAAUUAACAUGUAAGAAACAAAAAUCCGUGUAGUAAAAAUAACGCCAUUAUUUGGGUAAAAUUCUGCAAUCAGUUGUGCACGAUCAUGUGGUUAACCGUAAUCAGAUACGCGGGACCGCGGGAAUCGUAAGCGAAAAAGCUCAAAGGCGCAUGCACGUGGCAAUGGCAAUUGAAGACUGAUUGCACAAUUAUUGCGCAAAUAAUUGCACUACAUGGAUUUUUGUUUAUUAGAUGUUAAUUGACGGUUAAUACGAAGGUCGUGACUAGAUGCAAACAAAAGUUAUUUAUUUGAAAAGCUGACAAGUUGUACAAUAACAUGCACCUAUCUAUUCGUUAUUGAUAAUUUUCAAUCGCUUUGGAUAAAAUUAAUUAUAUUAAAAUUGUAUUCUAUAUUUUAUCUAAAUUUAAAUAAAUUAAAGGUACCUAUCUUAUCCAAUUUUAAUACUAGAUAAGUACUAAUUUAUUAUUUUUUAUAUUUAUUUUUUGAUUCAAUUAAGUAUACAUUUGUCUGUAUUGCAAGAACAAUAAAUGUAUGUUUUAAAAUUAUCCAUUUAUUUAAUCUGCAAUACCCGAUUCAAACUUCUACUGUGUGGAUGUUUGUACAAAAACUAUUUUAUAAUAUAACAAUAAAAUAUGAUGCAUCACACCCAAUGAUUACCCAGAGAAUACAGAAAUUAAACAAAUUGCAUUCUGUCUAUUGGAAAUUAUAUGAAAUGAUUCGCAAGAUGACUCCAGAACCCCCCCCCCCCGCAAAUGAUUCAGGUGAUGGUACCCGAAAACUCCCCAAAAAGAGCGCAUUGAAAAAUAUUAAGCCCCUGCGGUCCACCUGCACAGAUCGACCCGCUACUUAUAGUAGACUGAGAUACAUAGUGGGAUCUCGGCAAUCGCUCGAAAAACCUGCACAGAUCUUGCCCCCCCACCUCGGUCACGAAAAGAGGAAAUUACAAACGUACUUGUCACUCGCAGUAACCGUUAACACAGACAUCCGACAAAAUGCACAGCGUGGUUGGUAGAUUUUUAAUCUUAGGGAACAAGUCCUUGCACAGCAAGCCCAGCCAACCGACAAGUCAUAACACCAACACAUGACUUCUGUCGUCCUAGAAGCAGCGCAGCUCCCACAAAAGAAUGACGUCUAUUCAUCAUACCACCUCAUUCAUCGACUGCACGGUUUUUAGUUGACGGUGGAGCUCGACAAGAAAGCUUUCUUUUGUAUGACAGUCUCAACGCGGAGUGAAAACUCUCGCUGUCCAGUCGCACCCCCCAAAUUCCCGCACAGUAGACACGCACGUGCAGGCAUCAAAGUGCUGAUGCCCGUUGUCGUACGACAACGCACACACGCCAUAAAAAAAAAAAAAUUGUAUGUAAGUGUAAAAGUUGAUAACUAAAUGUAAACCCGAAACUUAGAUUAUAGUCGAUGAAAAAUCAUGAUGGGUCGCAAUAGGCACAACAAAGGGGAUGCCAGGGGGUCUUUAAUAUACCCGAGUUGAAAAUUAGUACUCUCAAAAAAAAUUCAAUCAGCUUUUUAGGUACGACUAAAUAUUUUAUCCAUCUAUUUCAUAAUUAACGAGAAGAACAAAAUACCGGUUUUCUACAGACAAUUAGAUUAACAAUUACACAAUUUAAACAAUUUCACAACAAUUUAAACAAUUGAUGAAUUAUUAAUUAUUAUUAAUGAAUUAUUCAUUAUAUAUGAAAACUAAUGUGAAAAUAUUUAUGAUAAAUUUGUAAAUUAAAAGUGCGAUUGACUAUUGUAAGAAUUGUGUAAAGGACAUUGUGGGGUCAUUACCUCCAUGGGUCUUUGACGUGUCCGUAAUAUUUUAGCAACCCCAAAAUCGAUGAUCUAGUUGCACCUAUGCAACCGAAAUCGGUUGGUCCGAACUCGGGAUAGGGUCUGUAAAUACGCGUUCGGCGGUCGUUACGAAAUACUACUAUUGAAAAACGCGACGUCACCCGCAUUGCGUUGCAGCAGGUGACGGGCGUAUUAUUGUUUUUGUAUAUCUUUAUUCGGUAAUAUUAUUAUUUAACCCGUCGUUCGCCGUUUUCGUCGUCGACGUAAAAUGUCACGAAAAUUACGUAAACAAUUUAAAAAGUGUAAUUUUCCCACACGUUUCAGGUGGAGACGGUCGGCGACAAAUACAUGGCCGUCAGUGGACUUCCGGAACCGUGCGAAGAUCACGUCCGGUGCAUCGCCCGGCUAGCUUUGGACAUGAUGGACCUCAGCCACACGGUCGUGGUCGACGGCGUGCCAGUCGUGAGUAUAUAGUAACGACAUUAUGAUAUAACUACACAAUUAUUGUAUUAAAACUCGAAACGUAUGGAAAUAAUUGAAAAUUUCACAUUUUCGCGUGUCGCAUACUGAUUUUACGCAAAACCGUGUUCCGUGCCGGUCAGUUUUUCCCUAUUAGCAACGUCGGUAGAGUCACUCAAUAUUUCUAAUGUAUUUUAAAGUUAAGUUUUUUAUUAUAUAAAAAAAAAAACAUAAUUAAAUUCGAUUGCACUUUGGUUUUUUUUUACUAAAAACCCAUUUACAACUUACUCAAUUUGUUCCGUAAUAAUAAUAACUUGAAAAAAAGUUAGACGUGAAGUAAGAAUUUUUUUUUUUUGGUUUUAAUGUCUCUAACCUAAAAAAAUCCUUUUUAUUCAAAAAUUAAACUGAAUUAUUAAAUCAAAUCGCAAGUACCAUAGUAACGCGUGAUUUCUUAUAAAACUUACCUCUUUUUCAGCAAUAUUACUUCAAAUACAUAACAAAAAUCAAUCAUCAAUCAAUUAUAAAAUUCUUUUUUAAUACAUCAUCGCAUUUAAUAUUGAUUCAGGAAAAAUAUGUUUACCCGGUAACAAGUAAAAUAACUGUUGUUACAUUUCCUAUUUAACGCAUUGGCAUUAGCAUAUUCCACAUUUCCAGAUAUCCAAAACCAAAAUUAUUGACAAAAAUAAAAUUUAAACUUAGUUCCUACCUUCAAAUAAUUAAUAGUACCAAGAUUCCUGUUGUUAUAAAAAAGUAUUAUUUUUCCCCUCUACCCAUAUAUUAUACCUGGAUCAAAAAUUUCGCCCUUAAUUUUUUUCGUCGAUUGGAGCAAUACAUCUUUUAAAAAACAACUAAGUAAAAUAGAAAUUAAAUUUAUAGACCUGAAAAAAAUUCAAAAUCAAAAUUCCAGCUCUAAUAUACUAUGUUCAUUCUAUUAUCAAUAACUAGACAGCGGCCGUGAGACUAAUUUCUUUAUAAUCUUCUAUAUUCAUAUAAAAGUAAAUGUAUCUGAGUGUACUAUCCACAGCAAAAUCUAUCGCAAACACGAAAAUAUUCACAGGAAAAUACAGGAAAACGGGUGCUUGUGCACUGUGAAGCCGUAUUUUAAACUUUAACCUAUAAAGGGUAUUUCGCACGUAGUUUUUCGUAUUAUAAUACGGAAAUUGAAUUCAUUUUUUUCUGGGUUAACUUGGUGAAACGGAUGAAAAAAAAACAGUUUUUAUUAGUUAAUUUAGUUGUCACGGGCAAGGAAGUGUUCUUUUUAAAAAAUAAAUUAUCAGGCAACAACGAUUAAAACUGUUAUUGGAAAGGUGGGUGAAACCGCGCAGGAAAACACGUUGAAUUGAAUUUCUUUUAUUGACAUCGGUUUUUCAAAGGAUUUUAUAAAUAAUCUGUUUUUAAAUGGUAAAAAAAAAUAAUAAUAAUAACGGGAAAUAUAAUUGAUACGGUCAAUACCGAAUAGGGCAGCUAUAUAAUAUUUGAAUGUAAAAUGUUUAUAAUAUUAUUUUUAUUCAUAAAGUGCAAACAAAUUCCCGAUAAAAAAAAGGUAAAACAAAGAGCCGUUCGAUUUGGUGCGAGUCCGUUUUAUAUUAAAAAAAAUAAAAAUAAAAAACCAAAAAAUGUCUUGCCUGUCAACCAUAUGACUUCCGAUUUAUGGCGAACCAUGCCUAACCUAACCUAACAAUGUGAAUUGCUAUUCAAGACAGGAAUCGUAUAAUGUUUUGUACGCGCUAAACGUGUCCGCUCUUUACAUACAAAGCGAAAAUACCAAAAUGCAUAAUAAUAAUAAUAUGAUAUGCACUAGGAAUGGCAAACUUCUAUGGCCUAAAUAUAGUGUGCGUUAUAAACAGGACAUUUCGCAGAUAAAAAAAAAACUACCUGACUUUCUAAAAUCCAUAAAACCGUAUAUAUAUUUUCAUCAACAUACGCGACUUUUAACGUUUAAAACGACAAUAACAGCCGUGUAAUUUUUCGUUCGUGUUUACAUACUGAACAAUACCUAUCUGCGUAUAUCAUACUUAUAUUACGUGCUAAAUAUUUCUUAUACUUAAAUUUAUUUUUCGCAUUUCCGUUUGUCAGAUGAAUAAUAUAAUAUUGUCGAACGGCCAUUUUGUAUGCUAGUAUAGUUAUAAAUAAUUCUGUCAGUCGCGGAUGAGCUGCAGACACUAUACAGAGCGGUUAUUUUAUCACGAACCGAUUAUGUACACGAAUAUUUUAAGUACAUUUGAUUUUGUUAUUAUUUCAGACAUUAUAAUACGAUUACAUAAUACAUUAUAACACAGAGUCGUUCGAUAUGAUCUUAUUUUACAAUACAAUAUUUCGAUAUUUUGAUACGUUUGAUUGAAAGAUAUUCGAAGAGAAAAUAUGUUUCUAAAAAUAUCAUUGAUUCAGAAAACAUUUAUCUUUUUGAAAGUGUACAUACAUAGACUAUAUGUAUAAGUCGAAUACGCGUUUGGGGUGAAAAUUUUGAAAAUAUUGUUAACAGCGUCGUUUUAUAAACGGUUGAGUAAUACCCGAACGAAAUCGAAAUAUAUAAUUAGGUACUCAACGAUAAAUUUCGUGAUCAAAAAUAAUCACCCACCAUUGUUUACCAUCGAGUCAGGUUAAUUAACUAUUAUUUACCGUACAUUAAUAUUACAUAAUAAUAUUAUUAUUCUGGACUUAUGAAAUUGAAAUACAAGCCAACCCUACUAAUUGUGUAAUAUUUUCGUUGAUUUAAUAAUUUUCAAUCGAAAAUCGUAUUUUUUUUUGUUUUUCCCUCAGCGCAUAACGAUCGGCAUACAUAGCGGCGAGGUGGUGACGGGAGUGAUCGGUCACCGGAUGCCCCGGUACUGUUUGUUCGGAAACACAGUGAAUCUGACAAGCAGAACGGAAACCACAGGUAUCCCGGGAAAAAUCAACGUUUCGGAAAACGCAUACAAGUAUGUACACAAAGUUUCGUUUAUUUGUUACCUACAAAAUUCCAGUAUAGCGUGUCAAGUAUAAGGCGUAGGGAAUAACUUGUUUCUAGAGACAGCCGGCAACCAUCGGCCCCAACGGGCGGAACAAGUAACAUGUCAUCCCUUUGGAAAAUAUAAAAAAACACAAAAUAUGGAUUCACUCUCUCGCGACAUAUAAAAUCAUCUAUGCCAUCACAAACCAAUACAAUUGUUCACGAGUCUUGUGUUCUAAUAUAC